AAAUCUCAGCCAGCUCGCUGUUUUCAAGUUUUGAGUCCGCAUUUCAGUUCAGUUGGAUUCAGUCACAGAGUCAGAGCGUCAGAUUCAGAUCAUCGUGGUCGCCAUCCCAGAAUCAAUUCAGGAUCCACUACAAGAACAACAACAGCAAAAACCACUGUCGCGUCUCCAAAUGAAACAAUAAUUGAAUAAUUGAAUUACCCAAUAUAACGAAGAAAAAAGCAAAGGAAAGCGAAUAACGAGUAAAAGUUAAAAAGUUGAAAAAGUUUAAAACAUAUUGUAAAGCCGUACUGCGUAAGCCAGUCAGCGCUUAAAGUACCAUAUAUAGUUGUUCUUAUCUAUACCCACACUCAAUUAAUUGCAGCUGAAUGCACGACUCCUUGCAGAAAGAAGGAUCGUAAAUAGAGUAUCAGUAUAUGUGCACAUGCAUAUAUAGCGACGUUCACGAACUGUCUCUGUCACUGAUAGCGAUCGAUAGCUGUACCUCCAUGUGUGUGCAUGAGUGGCAGCAUCAGUAGCGCACCCAAGGACCAAGGACCUCAUCCACAUAGCCCAUCAAUCGCUCAGAUGCCAGUGGCGGAUUCCCCCCAAUAAAGGCAUCGAAUCGAAUUGCAUCGCAUCCAUUGGACGAGGACGAGGACGAGGACUAGGACUAAAGGACAGUGACUGACGCAUCCUGCGCUCGUUUGAUCGUUCGUUCGCUCGCUCGCUCGCUCUAUCGCUCUUUCGCUCGCACGCACCAAAAACAACCAAACAGAAAUACGAGAAACAAUACCAAGCAAGCCAAAAACCAAAUAAUACCAAGCUAAACAGACGCCUCAUUACCAAACAUCGAACGUUUCGCUGUCGUUUAACAAAAAAAAGAAAUAAACCAGAAGCAAAGCAACCAAAUUCAAUUCAAUCAAAUCAAAUCCAAGCCAAUCCAAUCCAAGAUCCAAUCAAGCCGAAUCCACGAGACAUAGAUACUGAACAGUAAACAGUAAGAUCAACAGUAACCGAAACCCAAAGCAAAAAGCUAAAGCAAUCAUCAGUCAAAGUCGAUAACCAAAACCAGCAACAUUCAGUUAAAAAUGGCCGAAGACGCUACCAUGGAGACAUGUCCAAGUCCUGAAAUCGGCGACUCACGCAAAAGGCCACUCGAUUCCGAUCCGGAAAAUGAACAAACUAAACGCUCACAUUUCAGUUCCGCAGCAGAAGCAGCAGCAUUCCCACAAAACCAAUGAAAACUCUCAACCGAACUCAACUCAAAUGUGAUAAUAAUUCCAAGCAAGCAAAGCAGUUAAAAUAUGUUGUGAUAAAGCUACGCAAGUAAUGACUAAAAUAUAAAACAUAUAGAAAAGCCGAAAGUUAUUAAACAAAUCAAAAACGACUGAGAUCAAAUCGAGAAAAACAAAUGCAACACAUCAGCAGAAGAUCAUCACAAAAGAUCGCCGUCCUGUCAUCAAGUAUUAUAGAAUCGAGAGCACCUGCAACAUCUCUGUACUCUGAACUGUGAACUCUGACCUCUGAGCUCAACUCUACAGCUGAAUGUUUAAUGAUUGGAAAGCGGCGCGUAGGUUCAAUCAAAACACUGAACAGUUAAGAAAAAACUAAAGCCCAAAUUGCAAAUUACGAAAUAUAAUAACAAAUCGAAAACAAAUAUAGCAUAAAUCAGUUGAAUAAGGAACGAAACGAGUACAAUCGAUUCAAGGCAGCAUCAAUUCCGUCGCAAACAAAAACGAAGACUGAACGGGAACGGCAACAAUUCCAAGGCAAUGGAGAGUAUUAUGAAGGUGGCCAUGGACAAGGCGGCCGAGCAGCUGAUUCAGCAGUUUGGCUUUGAUUACUUGCAGCAGCAGCUGCAGUUGCAGCAUCAGAACCAACACAACAGCAGCCCACAGCAGCAGCAACAGCAGCAACUAGAACCAGAAAACGAACAUCUCACAUACCGAUAUCAGCAAUCAAAGCCCACACAUAUGCAGCAAUUAGCUUGUAACUAUCAGCCACGACAUUCCACAACCACGUCGUCGCCCUCAUCCACACAUUCGCUGGCCAGCGGCGGCGGCAGCAGCAGUAGCAGCAGCAACAGCAGCAGCAGCGACAGCAGCAGCAGCAACAUAAGCAACAUCAGCAACAUAAGCAACAUCAGCAACAUCAGCAACAUAAGCAACAUCGGCAACAUCAGCAACAGCAAUCAUAGCAACGCUGCAUACUCAUUAGCCGUUCAUAGCUAUCAAAAGCAAAUAGAAAACCCGGCUAAUCCCAGUCAUGUUCCGCAUCAUCAGAUGGAUCUGUCGCCCCUGAGUGAGAAUGGUUCGCCAAAUGGAACGCCAGGUGCCCAGACGCCGACUGCGACAGCGAGUGGCAACACGGCAGCAGCACUCGCAUCAGCAGCAGCAGCAGCAGCAACAUCAGGAGGCAACGGCAGCAGCAGCAGCAACGCGCAACAGCAACUGCAGCUGGGCAACUAUAAGACUAACUCCUGCUGGUGUUACGGUGAGUCAGUUUGUUCUGGAAUUGAGGUUGAAAUUGAAAAUAAUAACAAUAAUCAUAUUCAUCAUGGCGAUUCAACGUAUCACAUGAAAAUACUGGUGCCCGCGGUGGCCUCCGGGGCCAUCAUUGGCAAAGGUGGCGAGACGAUCGCCUCCCUGCAGAAGGACACGGGUGCUAGGGUCAAGAUGUCCAAGUCGCACGACUUCUACCCAGGCACAACCGAACGCGUGUGCCUGAUCACCGGCUCCACGGAGGCCAUCAUGGUCGUGAUGGAGUUCAUCAUGGACAAGAUCCGCGAGAAGCCCGACCUGACCAACAAGAUCGUCGAUGUCGAGUCAAAACAGACACAGGAGCGCGACAAGCAGGUCAAGAUCCUGGUGCCCAACUCGACCGCCGGCAUGAUCAUUGGCAAGGGCGGUGCCUUCAUUAAACAGAUCAAGGAGGAGAGCGGCUCCUAUGUCCAGAUCUCGCAGAAGCCCAAGGAUGUGUCGCUGCAGGAGCGCUGCAUCACCAUCAUCGGCGACAAGGAGAACAAUAAGAACGCCUGCAAGAUGAUCCUCUCGAAGAUCGUCGAAGAUCCCCAGUCGGGCACCUGCCUGAACGUAUCCUACGCGGACGUCAGCGGCCCGGUGGCCAACUUUAAUCCGACCGGUUCGCCAUACGCCACCAAUCAGAAUGCCAUCAACUCGAGCACCGCCUCGUUGAACUCCACGUUGGGCACCACGAUCGGCGGUGCAAAUUCGGCGGCCAGCCUGCUAGUCAACGGCACCGGCAUCAAUUUGUCCAUCAAUCUGGGCUCACCCAAUCCGGCGCCCAAUCUAGCGGUUGCCACACAGCUGCUCGAGCAUAUUAAGGUUGCCAUGCGCGGCUCUGGCUACUCGGAGACCGUAACGAACGAAGUUGUCGCCGCUCUGAGCGUGCUGGCCAAGUACGGUGUCCUUGGAAUGGGCGUGGGUGUGUCGCACACCAACGGCGCCCACUCAACGCUGGGCAACUUCCUGGGCGUAACGACGCUGGACCAGCAGACUGCCGCUGCCGCAUCUGCGGCCACCGCCAGCAAUGUGUUCGGUGCCGUUGGCCAGGUGAAUCUGGAGCAAUAUGCCGCAGCGGCGGCCGUUGCAGCUGCCGCCAGCCGGCCGACGCAGUCGCAACUGGACGCUGCCGCAGUGCAAUUCGAUCCAUUCCGCCAUUUGGGCUCGGCAACGGCGCCGGGCGCCACGCCCGUCUCACUGAACAACAAUAGCUUUGGAUUGACGGCAGCCACGGGAACGGCGACCACGGCGCAGCUGGGCGGUCUAAGCAAGAGUCCCACUCCUGGCGACCUUAGCUCCAAGGACUCGAAGAACGUCGAGGUGCCGGAAGUGAUUAUCGGCGCUAUUCUAGGUCCGAACGGUCGUAGUUUAGUUGAAAUUCAACAUGUUUCUGGCGCAAAUGUGCAAAUUUCCAAAAAGGGCAUAUUCGCACCUGGCACUAGAAAUCGCAUUGUAACCAUAACUGGUCAGCCGAGUGCCAUUGCCAAAGCGCAAUAUCUAAUUGAACAGAAAAUCAACGAGGAGGAGACAAAGAGGGCGCGACAAAUUCCAUUAACCACUGUUGUGAAUUAAAAUAAAAAAACAAAACAAAAAGUACCAUAACUAAUAUCCGAGUAAAGCAACAAAACCAGCAAUCUUAACAGAACAUCAAACAAACAGGCGAAAAGCAAAGCAACAACAAACAAACUACCCCAUACCCUCGACGAUUUUCCUCUUAAACUUGUUAAUUUCUUUGAGAAACGAGAGGAAAAUUCAAAAACCUAAAACCCAAAAUGAAAUGAAAUGAAAUGUGAAGGGAUUACAAAAAGGAAACACCAAUUGUUAUGCUUGCAGAUCAGACUUAAGCAGUUGAAAACGAAACUAAUAAUAAUAAUAACGUAUUGCAAAAAUCCAUAGAUUUUGUUGAGUAAACAAUUCCAAGGCCUUCACCUCAAGAGAUUUGCUUUAACUACUAACGCCCUUUAGGAAAGUGAAAAACGAGUUAUGAGAAGUAGUGAAAAAUCUGUAAAAAUACUAUAUGUACUACCUUCUCAGCUAUAUACAUUGUUGCAUUUGUUUGUCACGAUCGUUGAAACGUUAAAAACCGAAAACAAGUUAUAUUAGACACAAACUAGUUGCGAAAGAAGAGCGUUUGGGUUUUUGGUUUGUUUGUGAUGCGUAUGUUUGCGUUGCGUGUUUUGUUUUUGGUACUCCCAACCAACUUAUACGAUACGAUACGUUACAUGGGGCAUAUAUACAUAUGUAUAUGUACACAGUUGUUGAGUCUUGUUUAUAUAUAUUAUCUACACACAUAUGCCCAUACAUAUAUAUAUAUACAUAUGCCACCACCCACUUACACACUUACACACCGCCCCCCGCCCCCAAAAACAAACACACACACCUAAUUAUUAGCAUUAUGUUGAGCUAAACGAAAAUCAAAUGUAUAAUGAGCGAGCGUUUUCAGUGAAAACUUCAGGUGAUUCUUACCCUCGAAAUAAGGUAAAUAUUUUACUACACCACCCCCUCCUCCCACAGACAAAAACACUUGCUAUAGCUAAUACUGCAACUGCAAACAGGCUAGUGAAAAAUGCAACUUCAAAGAGUUAAGCAAAAAACUAAAUACAAAAAAAGAGUGACUUUGUUGACCUUUUCGUGAUUUCGUUAAAGUUUUCUGUUCCAUCUGUUCUCUGUUGUUGCCCCACUCCCUCUAAUCGCUUAUCGCUGUUAAUUUAUAUAUAUAUAUAUAAACUUUCCACCUACGAUUCUACAGCCUGACCUCUGUAUAUGUACACUUUCGGAACGCUACAGUUGAUGUUGAUCAUGAUAAUGUUGUUUAGUUUUAGAUACAAUCCAAUCCGAUUCGAUCGGAUCGGAUCGAGUGGUGUUAAUGUGUUGCGCGCGCACGUGAGUCUCCUUUUGGUUAUGAUUUUGUGCUCCCGAUUUGUUACUCCUUAUAACUUUUGUUUUAUGUAUACAUAUUAUUUAUGAAAAAAAAAAACACAUUGCGAUUUGUUAGUUGCCAGUCCGAGAACUGCACUUCUUACUUACUUUUUUUUCUUGUCAUUUUGCGUUUGUUAACCACUAUUUUUUGGUAAAUUUAGCACAUUUGUUUCUUACAUUCUAAUUUUAAGCCUUACAUUUUUUCUCACCUAAUGCAUCACAAAUAUCUUAAAAACAAAAAAAAAAUACGAAAUCAACAUAAAAAGCCUUAGCAAAACAAUUAUUUCUUUGUAAAAUAUUCACAUUAAAGCAUUCAUUUAGGGGUUUCUUCAUACGUCAAAAACAAACAAUCCACCAAACAAUUUCCCUUAUUAAUUUUAAGUAUUGUGCAAUUAUUAAACAUUGUUUCAACGAACAUUUCAUAACGAUUAUAUGUACAUAUCUAUCUAGAAACGCAGUGUAAAGACAAAAGAUGUUAACAUCACAUUUAAAAAACUCCCUGUUCAUAUACACACAAAAUACACAAGGAUAAAAGUACCCAUACGAACACCACUCACCUACAGAGAGAGAAAUGCCUUACUUGUAAUGAAAUUUUUCUUAUUUACUUUAUUCCUUACACAUAUAAUUUAGUUUAACACUUCUUUUCGAUAAAUAAAACGAAGAUGAAACGAAAUUUAAAUAAAAUUUGACUACAAAACCAACAAUAAAAACCAGCAACGUUUAUUUUCUUGUUUAUUUUGGAGCGUUCCGCGCACCCAACCACCAUUACCAACCAACCACCCAUCCAACCACCCACAAGCGCCGCACCACCACUAACCCAAUCGUGUUCCCAAAACCAAAUCAGUCUACUACAACAUUAUCAUGACCAAUCAAAAUCAACUCAAUCAGACAGUCAGCCAGUCAAUCAGUCAAUCAGUCAACCACUUCUUUGCUCAGUUCGAGAUCUAUUUCGAUUCAAUCACUGAAAACGCUCAUCACCGUAGUGAAAUGAAAGUAAAAUGAAACAAACAAAAACCACAACGGCAACCAAUCCUAAGCUAAGUCUAUAUAUUUAAGUUGAAAGUUGUUCUUAUUAAUUUUUGCUAUUAUUGUUAAAACUUACCUACAAUUGUUCUUAUUUGUGCAAUAUUUAUAUAAUACGAUUAAAAUACAAAAUCAAGUGAAAAACAGAACAUAAUUAUAACACAAAACGAAAGAAAUCUAUAAGCAAACAAAAGCUAAAUGUGGAAACAAAAAUCCAGAGAGUAAAUUUGAAAGUACAGUCGUAAAUGCUAGUGUGCCUUGAAAUAUGCAUUAACAUCCAAAAAGAAAACAAAUCGAAAACGUAAGGGGAAGGUAUAAGUAAAAACGAUGUUGGUGUUUUAUUCGAACCUAUUAUUUUAUGAGUAUCAUAAAGAAAAACGAGAAUAAGUCAAAACCAGAGAUCGAUACAAUUUGAAAGUACAUAAAUGCAAUAGACCGUCAUAGAACAGCCGAACUUUGAAACGUAGCUUAACAAACAACAACAACAGCCAAAAUCACAACAAGCAUAAGAACACAGAUCCCCCUUCGUCCACCCCACAACAACCAGUCAACCAAUCAACCAAUCAAUCAGCCAAUCAGUCAACCAACCAACCAAUCAACCUACCAAUCCAACAACAAACGACAUUUAUUUCGACUUCUUCGCCUUACGUCAGAUCGGGAGUGCAACGAACCUAUUUCAGAGCCCCCAGAAUCGAAGCACUAUAUCUAUAUGGUCUAUCUAUCGCAAUUCCCAGCACACACACACACUCACACACGCUCACAUGAGAUACACCACACAGUAACACACGCUCACAUGAGACACACCUCUCACAUACAUUCACACAUUCGUACUAAAUAUCAGUAUCACUUGCGCGUGCUCACUGAGUUAUGUUUAAUGUAUGAGUUUUAUAUGAUAUCUAAACGUAGUAGAGGAAGGAAGAAGAAAUAAACACAAAUAUAUAUACUUAUAUUUGUACUGGAUCUGUGAUAUGUAUUUAAAAACAACAAAGAAAAAGAAAAACAACAAAACAAAGCAAAAAUAUAUUUAUUAAAAGGAAGUCAAACGAUACUUGAAAUUAAUUAUGAAAUAAUUAAUUUUUUAAUGAGACAACUAAGAGAAAAGAAAAGCUUUACUUGAAAAGCAAAGAAAUCUCCCCCGAAAUCAAGUUCUCAAUUCAUCGAUGCAUGGACAGUUCGCUCCAGGCUCCAGAGUCCAGAGUCCCCAAUCCCAUAUAUGCAUACGUAUUCACCGCAAAAGGUCUUUGCCAGUUCCAAUCACUCCGUUUCUCAGAAAUGUCCGAUUUGCGAUCCAAUAGAGUAGAUAUCCCCCCGCGUGGCUGAGGGGGCGUGACGAAGGGGGGAAGAUGGGGAAAAUGGGAAAAUGGAGUUACUCGGGUGUCGAACCGAUCGGAUGAGAGGUCAGAUCCGAUCCCAUCGGUUCAAAGGACCCACCCGCGUCCCGCUUUCGACGUGUUUAUGCUUGUUUGGAUUUUAUUGUUUAAAUGCGUUUGUUAUUUGCUGUACAAAUUGAAGCUUCACGCAACCCGCAAAAACCAUAGUUGGGUGGCCUCGGCACCGCCUGCCCCAAAUGCAAGUUGCAAGUUGUAAGUUGCACCAUUUAGGCAGAGUCCUUAGGCCGCAUGAUUGCUUUGUGCUUUCCAUCGAUUAACCACUGUUACUGCCACUGGCAACCACGAGAACCCACUUAUCAGGCACAUUCGUCACGCAACUCAUCCUCUAUCGAGCACCAACACCCCCUCCCGAGCACCAACUAUCCAACUAUCCAGCUAUCCAAGAAACCAACUAUCCGCUGCAACCAUACUAAACUAGGAAACUUUGGAAAGACGUGCGCAUUCAUUCAGUUCGAUUCACCCAGUACACACAGACGAGUUUUAGAAGCUUAGGAGUUUUAUUAACUUAUUGAAAGGCAUCUUUAAACAAUAACGAUGGAGGGAUGGAUAGGUGGUAGGGAAAAGAAAGUAAUACAGCUGUUAUUUCAACGACGGAGUCUAUUAGUGUUAAAGUAGUAAGCAUAAAAGCGACUUUUAUUAACUAUAUACAUACAGUGCAUAAAUAUCUAAAGUAAUUCAAAUUCGACUUUGAACAUUUUGAAGAAUGAGAAAAAAACCCAACAAGAAAUACAGCGGAGUGGCAAUGAGUUUUGCACUUCGAAAUGAAAUCCGUAUGUUGCUAAAAUACAAAUAUAUGUAAAGAGGAGUUCAAUUUAUCAAUCAAAUCUCGUAUAGUACAUACAAAUAUUGCAUACAUACAUAACUACAUACUUAAAGCGAAGAGAAGCGAGCGAUGAGAGUAACUUUAAUUAUAAUUUGUUAUGCUUUGCCACCCACACUGUUAUUAGAACAAUUAAACAUUACGAUACAUACUCGUAUAUAAAUGUACACAAUACACCCCAUAUGCAUAUGAUAUACCUGUACGUAUACCCACAUACAUGGAAGAUGCGAAUAUGUUUGCGAUUUGAUGCGAACCCCGCUGGUAUUUGAUAGGUCGGAGAACUAACUGAAUCAUUAUAUAACCUCAUAUAGCAUUGUAUGUAUCAAAUUCUAUCGGAAAACUCGAUCGAUCGGCCGAAGCAACUCGGCUGCGGAGACGUUCAUUCAGCAGCCACAACAAGAAGCAUACAACAUUAGUAAAAUAUUAAAUACUAUAUAUAUAUACACAUACACUAAAGGUAUAAAACGUAGUCGUUAGUGUGAUAAAUAAAAUUAAUAUUAAUUAAUUCAAGCAAAUAAAAGUGGUUUAACGAUUCAAACAAAAGAGAACCCAGUACCCAAAAAAAGGAGGAACGUGCAGGGCCUCAAUUUCCGACAAUGAAAACUGCAGCUCGGCACGGACCCCAAAAACUAUUUAUUUAUCUGCGUUUCCAUUUGGCACAAUUCAUUUAGCACACAUGGGUCUGCAGCAAAACCAAUAUGUAAAGUAGCCGAAAAAAGAUUUUAAAAAACUCCCUCAAUCGAUAGAUCGAUAGAUCGAACGAAGUUAGCCCCAGGCACGAGAUAUUGCUGUGCAGUAUGGGAUGUGCGGGCGGUAAAAACCUUAGACGUAAUGCCGUUAAAUGAUCCUAGCCGUAAGUCAUAAUUCAUGAAGCUACAUCACAGUCAUAGUGAAAACAACAUACUAUAUUUCAAUGAAAUCUUAUUCAGUGUACAAAAUAGUUAACGGCAAAUGAAUAUUAACUUUCGGAUCGUAACAAGUAAAAGUCGAAUUUUCGAGUCUUCUUCACUUAAACAAACACUUUCGCAACCCAAAACUAGGCCGUUGCAUACGUGAGUACCUUAGAAAACAGAAACAAAAGUUACAUAGAAAUUACGGCCUUCACGAUAUCUGGCCAAUAUCAAAAAAACAGCAACAGGUCCCGCUCCCCGAAAGUCCAACAUUUCGCUCAACUCGUAGUAGUUCUCUCAUUUCUCAUACACAAGCGACUAGAGAUCCCCAAUAAUAUGUACAAUCGAUUCGAUAGCAUUGCUUUGCGAUCCUCUGAAAGUUUCCCCCCGAGACCUAGGACAUCCAUUGCGAUCAUGGGGAUAUAUGUAUGUAUCUCCCGAUCUAGAAACACUAGUGCACUCUUCUCACUCGACGUCAGAUUCCGUUGCACACUAUAGGAAUUACGAACAGCAGCAGCAGCAAAAGCCACACUUUUCGAUCUCUCAAUAGUUUCAUAGAGAAGAAUUAAUUAUAACGAUAUUGAUCGAUAUACGAUAUGAUUGAUAUACGGAUCGAUGAUGGUCAUUCGAAAGCGCGGAACAUUAGCAAAAAAAAGCAAAACAUCAUGGAAACUCAUUCAAAAGUAAAAGUACUAAAUCUUUUAUGAUUUGACUGUGAUAAUAAUAAUGACAAAAUGAGAAAUGAAGUCGGAAGGUGUAAACAAAUUAACGUAUAUAGAGUAUUUAAAUGUAUGUAAAUACAAUGCAAAUGUAAUAUUAACCUAGGUGCGAAAUGAAAUGAUGGCUCCAAGAAAACCGGCAAUUCGAUGUGUGGAGAAAGUAGAGAAUGUUGAUUAAAUAGCCGUAAUGAAAACGAAAAUUCGUUGCGCAGAGUAACACGUUUUACUUAUACAUAUUAGCAAAAUAUUUAAAUAAAAUUUUAGCAAACCAAAUCCCUUUCUGAGUGCAAAUGAACCCAAAAUAAAGGCAACUGAAGGUCCUAAUUGAAGUAAACAAAUUAAAUGCGAAAUGAAAUCAACGAUAUUUAGUUAUGCUCUAUUUACAAAGUAUAAUCAAUUGAAGUUUUUUAAAAAUCAAGUAGCAAAGCAAACGAUUUUAUAGAUUUAUUCAUUUAGCAUUUGAAAAUCGCUAUGGUAAAAGAUCACACAUAACCACGGUAUAAAAUAGGUUUUCUUCAUUUCGCUCAAUUUCAUUUAACGAGGUAUAGAUUUGAACAAAUAAAAAAAAAAACGAAAAACCAAAACGUACGACAAGUAACAGAAAAAUAGUCUAGUGAAAUCUUUAAACAAUUAAAUCAAAAGGUAUCCCUACAAGAAGAUUCUUUAAAGUAGCUCAUUCAAGUUUUAAUAAAUCGAGAAAAACAUAAUUUUUGCAAUUAAACAAAACGAUAAGAAAUUCUGUACAAUUGCGAACGAAAAGUAUGCAAACAGUUACUCCUCUCUACAUACAUAUAUAUGCAUAGCUAUAUAACCCCAAGUGAAUCAUACUCGAACAAAAAAUGAAAAUGAAUAAGAAAAUGAAUAAGAAAAUGAACAAGAUUAUAAUGCAGAUUGCGACUAAAACUUUACGGUAAUGGCGCGCUAAACGGCCAACAAUAAAAUGAAAGCUAAGCUAGGUAGGCGAUGGAUCGGUACCGAUGUUAGGUACAGUGCGGAACAUGCAUGUAUAUCGAAUGUAAUGGUUAUGUUAUGUAAUGCGUCGGCGCAUCUGUAUGUAUGUAAUAGUAUUUAUAGAAAAUUUGUUGAAUACAUAUAUACACACGCAGACACACAACCACAGAGAAACACUCCAACCAGGAAAGCCAAUAAGUGCAUACUACAUACACAGAAACAUUAUAACGAUCCGCAUCCAGGAUGGAAAAUUAGAAAUGCAAAGUUAGGACGGUACAUAAAUGAAUUACGUGAAUUACACACUACACAUUUAAGAACGAUUAUAUAAAAAUGACAAAACUAAUAAAAAUUAUAUUAUAAUUCAA